AUGUCUCGCCAGACGCUCCGCCGAAACGUUCCCACCGGCACAGGGCUCAAGGCCAGCCUCGCCGCCCUCGAGUCCUCGAGCCCAGCUGAAAUCAGCAUCACAGCCCCGCCCGACACGGUCGACACCCUGACCACUGAAGGCGACUCCUUCACCCUCACGUCCUUCACCACCGCGGACGCCCACGAGCUCGGCCACCUCCUGUACGCGCGCCUCCUCCACGCCUCCAAGCCGACCCUCAUCUCCAUCGCACUGGCCAGCGGCCUCGUCCUCUUCCAGACGACCACGGGGCCCGGCGUGCAGCCCGACAACGAGACUUGGGUCCAGCGCAAGCGGCGCUCCGUAAUGCGCUUCGGCUCCAGCAGCUGGUUCCUGCACUGCAAGUUCGCGGGCGACGAGGCCGCCUUCGCUGCCAAGUUCGGCCUGGGGCCCGACCAGGCUGGCCAGUACGCGAUCCACGGCGGCGGGGUGCCCAUCCGGGUCGAGGGCGUGGAGGGGGUCGUGGCCGUCGUGGUUGUCAGCGGGCUGAAGCAGGAGCAGGAUCACGGGGUCAUUGUUGAUGUCAUCAAGGAGAACUGGGUGCCUGUUAAUUGA